GGGAGAGGUGGCGGUGGCGGCCUAUCAGCUGGACGGCGGGAGAGGCGAGAGCACUGUGCAGCUGUACUUAGUCUACUCCACGUUCCCUCCCAUCUUUAUUUUAGCCGUGUAAGGUGGGGGGACAAGACUCGCCUAUCGCACAGGAUGGCUGAUGAAGAUAUUGCUGCAUUGGUGGUUGACAAUGGCUCUGGGAUGUGCAAAGCAGGUUUUGCUGGAGACGAUGCGCCUCGUGCCGUGUUCCCCUCCAUUGUGGGACGUCCCAGGCACCAGGGUGUGAUGGUUGGUAUGGGACAGAAGGAUAGCUAUGUUGGUGAUGAGGCUCAGAGCAAGAGGGGUAUCCUGACCCUGAAAUACCCCAUUGAGCAUGGCAUUGUCACCAACUGGGAUGACAUGGAGAAGAUCUGGCAUCACACCUUCUAUAAUGAGCUGCGUGUUGCCCCUGAGGAGCACCCUGUCCUGCUUACUGAAGCCCCCCUGAACCCCAAAGCCAACAGAGAGAAGAUGACCCAGAUCAUGUUCGAGACCUUCAACACACCAGCUAUGUAUGUGGCUAUCCAAGCAGUGCUGUCCCUGUAUGCAUCUGGACGCACCACUGGUGUGGUGAUGGACUCUGGGGAUGGUGUCAGCCAUACUGUGCCCAUCUAUGAGGGUUAUGCCCUACCUCAUGCUAUCAUGCGUCUGGACCUGGCAGGCCGUGACCUCACUGAUUACCUCAUGAAAAUUCUAACUGAGCGUGGUUACAGCUUCACCACAACAGCUGAGAGAGAAAUUGUGAGGGACAUUAAGGAAAAGCUGUGUUAUGUGGCACUAGACUUUGAACAGGAGAUGAUGACUGCUGCCACUUCCUCCACCUUGGAAAAAAGCUACGAGCUGCCUGAUGGACAGGUCAUCACCAUCGGCAAUGAGCGCUUCCGCUGCCCUGAAAGCCUCUUCCAGCCCUCUUUCCUUGGUAUGGAGUGCUGUGGGGUCCACGAGACCACCUACAACUCCAUCAUGAAGUGUGACGUGGACAUCCGAAAGGAUCUGUACGCCAACACAGUCCUGUCAGGAGGCACUACCAUGUACCCAGGAAUUGCUGACCGAAUGCAGAGUGAGAUCUGCGCUCUGGCACCCCCCACAAUGAAGAUCAAAAUAAUUGCUCCUCCAGAGCGCAAAUACUCUGUCUGGAUUGGAGGCUCCAUCCUGGCCUCCUUGUCCACCUUCCAGCAGAUGUGGAUCAGCAAGCAGGAGUACGAUGAGUCUGGACCCUCCAUUGUCCACCGCAAAUGCUUCUGAAUGAGCCAGCCUCUGAUCUUUUGCCACACACAUCUGCUAAAAAUAUCCCCUUGUUUUCAUUUUCUUAACCAGCUUUCCAACUUUCCUAUUAUACUCUCUUAUCACAGUGGGGACUAACUGAGGUGUACUGCAGAGUAGUCACUUUUCUCGGUUGUUACCAUCCCCUUGGCGACACAUCCCACUGACGCACCCCCUUUUCCACCUUUUGUAAAACCCAAAUUUGUGACAUUUGUGCCCCCUCUGCUACUAAACUUAUCAAUGGCUUGUACAUUUUAGCAUGCUUAGUUGUAAUGAAAUUGAAGAGAUGGGGGAGAGUGGGGUUUUUUUUUUUUUUU